AUGGAUACAAGUUGGAUCGAUCUACCCACUGGCCACCCUAAAUAUAUCGAUGGAUGUAUGCAAUUCAUUGAGUUUGCCAAGCAAGAUCUAGUCCUAGGAAAAAUUAGAUGCCCAUGUAAGAACUGUAAGGUGGAUAAAUGGUUUCCGAUAAAUGAAGUAGAGAGACAUAUUUUGUUUAAAGGGUUUUAUAAGUCUUAUAAGAAUUGGAUCUUUCAUGGGAAAGGGGAUAUGGUUCAGCGUAUGUUUGAGAGUGAUGGAGGGAGUACUAGUGAAGGAUUCCCCGGUAAUCAAAGUGGGUUUAUUGGUCGAGAUAAUAUGGGGGGACUAUUAAGAUCAGCUUUUAGUGUUAAUAUGCCUCCCAAUUGCCAAACUUUUGAAGCACAAGAGGAUGAUGAAUGGAUUGAGGAACCAGUGACAUAUGUAACAGAUGUUGAAUAUGAUGAUUCUACAAUAGAAGAAGAUGCGACAUAUAAGAAGUUACUUGAAGCUUCUGAGGAGAGAUUAUACGAGGGGUAUGCAUUUCCUCAAAUACUUGAUUUUCCCUCGUCUUAUUAUUACAGUAAGAAAAUGAUAAAAGAAUUGGGACGUUGGUAUGAAAAAAUUGAUGCUUGUCCGAAUAAUUGUAUGUUGUAUUGGGGGGAAUUUUUAGAGAAAGACAAGUGUCAUGUUUGUGGUACAUUAAGGUGGAAGAGAACUAAGGGUAUGAGUGGCGAUGUAAGUGAUGGAGAUACAAAUACAUUGAAGAGAAGUGUCCCAGCUAAGGUAAUGCGAUAUUUUCCUCUUAUCCCGAGGCUAAAAAGAAUCUACAUGUCAUCAGAAACAGCGGAAGAGAUGAGAUGGCAUGAUACAGAGAGAUUGGGUGAACAUGAUAAGAAGAUUUUGAGGCAUCCAUCGGAUGCCUUAGCUUGGAAAGCAUUUGAUGAGCGUCAUAGCGAUUUUGCAUUAGACCCUCGCAGUGUUCGAUUAGGUCUUGCGAGUGAUGGGUUUAAUCCUUAUCGUUUAAUGAACACCUCUUAUAGUACGUGGCCGGUGAUGUUGAUUCCUUAUAACCUUCCACCAUGGUUAUGUAUGAAACCAUCUUCUUUCAUUUUAUCCACACUUAUUCCCGGAAAAACAAGUCCCGGAAUUUAUAUUGAUGUGUAUCUGCAACCGUUAGUGCAUGAAUUGAAAUUGUUGUGGACGGGGGUUGAAGCUUUUGAUGCUUUUGGUAGAGAGAAAUUUAAUUUGUGA